AUGAGUAAAUUAUCUUUUUUUUUACCUUCAAUUUUUUUUUUGACUUGCAAAUAUUCUUUUUGCUUUGUUCUCUUCCUUUCUCUCAUCGCUUUUGCCUCUCUCUUUCUCUCAUCGCUUUUGCCUCUCUCUUUCUCUCAUCGCUUUUGCCUCUCCCUUUCUCUCAUUGCUUUUGCCUCUCCCUUUCUCUCAUUGCUUUUGCUUCCUCUUUUCCUUUCUCAUCGCUUUUGCUUCCUCUUUUCCUUUCUCAUCGCUUUUGCUUCCUCUUUUCCUUUUGUCUGUUUUUCACUUUCAUCUUUCUCACCUCCAUUUCUCUCCCUUUCGUUUCUCUCUCUCUCUCUUUCCUUUCUCCUUUUGCUUUCUCUUUUCUCUCAUCUUUUCCCUUUCUCUUUUCUCUUUCUCUCUUUUCUUUUCUUCCUUCGUUUCCUCUCUUUUUCUUUUCUCUCUCUCUCUUUCCCUUUCGUUUUCUCUCUCUCUCACGUCCCUUCGUUUUCUCUCUCUCUCUCACGUCCCUUUCGUUUUUCUCUCUCUCUCUCCUUUUCCUUUCUCUUUCUCUCUCUCUUUUCUCUCUCUCUCUCUCCGUCCUUUCUUUCUCUCUCUCUCUCUCGUCCCUUUCUUUCUCUCUCUCUCUCUCUCACGUCCCUUUCGUUUCUUCUCUCUCUCUCUCUCACGUCCCUUCGUUUCUCUCUCUCUCUCUCACGUCCCUUUCGUUUCUCUCUCUCUCUCUCACGUCCCUUUCGUUUCUCUCUCUCUCUCUCACGUCCCUUUCGUUUCUCUCUCUCUCUCUCACCACGUCCUUUCGUUCUCUCUCUCUCUCUCUCACGUCCCUUUCGUUUCUCUCUCUCACGUCCCUUUCGUUUUCUCUCUCUCUCACGUCCCUUUCGUUUCUCUCUCACGUCCCUUUCCUUUCUCUCUCUCACGUCCCUUUCGUUUCUCUCUCUCUCAUGUCCCUUUUGUCCCUGUCUUUCCUCUCUCCUUCCCUUUCUCUUUCUACUUCUGUGUCUGUCCACUAAAGAAAAAACCUGGCUAGAGAAUUUGGAUUUCUUUGCUAAAAAAAUUGUACGGCUCUUUUCUCUAACAAAGAGGAUGUCUGCGUCGGUCAAUGAUCACAUUACGUGUACACUGUGUUCGGGCUACCUCAUUGAUGCCACCACCAUCACAGAAUGCCUGCAUACAUUCUGUAAAAGUUGCUUGGUUCGUUAUCUGGACGAGAACAACACUUGCCCUACCUGUAGCAUCGUGAUUCAUCAGAGUCACCCGCUGAACUACAUAAGCCAUGACCGGACUAUGCAGGACAUUGUUUACAAGCUGGUGCCCGAGUUACAAGAAAUCUAUUUUUUCAAUCUUCUUCUUUUGUGUCCUUUUUCUCUUUCUCUCCAUUCCCCUCUCUUUCUGUCAUUUUUCCUCUCUCUCCAUUCCCCUCUCUUUCUGUCAUUUUUCCUCUCUCUCCAUUCCCCUCUCUUUCUGUCAUUUUCCUCUCUCUCCAUUCCCCUCUCUUUCUGUCAUUUUUCCUCUCUUCCAUUCUCUCUCUCUCCAUUCUCUCUCUCUCUUCUCCAUUCCCUCUCUUUCUGUCAUUUUUCCUCUCUCUCCAUUCCCCUCUCCAUCUCUCUCUCCAUUCCCCUCUCUUUUGUCAUUUUUUCCUCUCCAUUCUCCAUUUUUCCUCUCUUCCCCCUCUCUUUUGUCAUUUUCCUCUCUCUCCAUUCCCCUCUCUUUGUCAUUUUCCCUCUCUCUCCAUUCCCCUCUCUUUCUGUCAUUUUUCCUCUCUCUCCAUUCCCCUCUCUUUCUGUCAUUUUUCCUCUCUCUCCAUUCCCCUCUCUUUCUGUCAUUUUUCCUCUCUCUCCAUUCCCCUCUCUUUCUGUCAUUUCCCCUCUCUUUCUGUCAUUUUUCCUCUCUCUUUCUUUCUAG